AGUUUUAUUUCUUUACUCGUGUACAAAAUGUAAUUUAGCCCGUUUACCUAUGCAGUUGCGCUGGUGAUUUUUAUCAAACAGCUGGAAGGAGUGGAAUCUUGGCGCUCCGAAAAAUAAACAAAAUGUUUGGCUCAUCCUUGAAGUAUUACUGCAAAUUGAUCAACCUUCCGUACGAAGGAAGAGCAUUUCCGCAGACCCUCAAGUGGAUAUACUACUGCGUCUUCCUCACGGACAUCAUUCAGGCAGUCAUAUUCCCAAACAUACUCGACAUUGUUGUACUCAACACAUUUAAUGACAAUGUAUUUUUAUCUCAAAUAUCGGCGCUGCAUCACGUAGGUGCUACUUUUGGGGGAAUGUACUGGUGUUUGCUCUCCUACUUUAACCUCUCUUCCUGGAUAUACAACACACCGCUCUACUCCUCCAUUAUACUACUCGUGCAAUUGGUAGUCUACGGCCACCUUUGCACAUGGAAGAAUCGCGCAUUUCACGUCUUGUGGCACACGAGCUACUAUAGCAUUUACUCAUCACUCAAUGUCUCGCUGACAAACCUUUUAAUCCUGGCCAUCAAGUCAAAGGACAAGGGGCCGUAUCUAGUCCAUUACAACGUUUUAACAAAGGUGGCACACAUCCUUGGACCACUACUAAAUAUCGCAGCUUCGCUACUACCAACCAUAUUCAAUUUUGGGCCGCGCUUUUUGAAUUUUAGAAAUGUCGAGUACAUGUAUAUACUCGUACUGCUCUUUGGGCUCUACAGGAUAUUCAUCUCGUUCCAUUUUAGAAAUGGAGCAUUCGCAGCUGGGGACCUAUUAAAGGGUCAGAGUGAAAAGACCCAGUUGCUGGAUGAAAAGUCUACAGAUGAAACAGCAAGCUAUACCUCUAAACGUUAUUCUGGACUACCAUGGAUUAUUUUCAUAGUCAACUUACUCACAACAAUUGGUGCUGGCAUGUCAAUCAGUCUUAUGACUGUUUACAUGAUGAAGGUGUUUAAAAUUCCCUACGUGAACGUCUUGUUCGGAUUGCUAUGCACACCAGUUGUUACAGCACUACUCAUAUUUGUGCUAAACGCUGGGCAAAAGAGGGUUGGAAAACUCCUUACAAUCUUUUCUUCAAAGCUGAUCGCACUUUGGUAA